GCGGUGGCGGAGAUCGAUAAAAACCCUAAUUUGUGGUAUUGAGUUGUCUUGGGCUUUGUAUUUAUAGAGUGAGCGAGAUAAACGAGGCACAAGGUCCGUGAAGAAAUAGUCAUCGUUCUCAACGGCAAAAUCCGAGCUUUCAUCACUCGAAAAGGUUUAAUGGCGGUAUCAUAUAAUCUGCUAUUUCUGGGGGUUUAAUCUCGUUGUUUAUGACAGUGACCGCAUUUUCUGCUGUGCAUCUUCAUAGCAUGGGUUUCAGUGAGAAAUGUUUGCGUCAUGCUGUAAAUUUAGAAGCUGAGAGAGCAUACAGGAGCAUUUUUUGCAGAAGCCUGAGGUUUAGUAAUUUUCUUCCGCCAAAUAUUUUAACAUCUUGUGUUCGAUCGAAGCACAAGUUUUCAGGAAAGUUGUUGAAUGGUGUAGAUGGCUAUGAAAAGGAAUCAGUUCUGAUCGGUUGCAGCGGCCUUGAUGAAUUUAUUGGCAAUAGAGAAAGGUUUCAUGAGAAUAUCAAAGCCCAAAAUAUUGAUUUUGAUGCAACCUUGGCAUGCAAACAAUUCUCUUCCAUCACUUUGGGUUGCUUCCCGACUGUGGAUUUGUACGAUGGACCUGCAAUGUACUCUCAAACCACAGAACCCCUGGUUCCUGAAAUUCUUGAAGGAUGCAUUCCUAGUCGGCUUGAUGCAAAUUGGGUCGAUCCGAAAUCUUUGUUCCAAAACCUGGAUUCUUUCUACACAGAGACUUCAAAUGUGACUGACCCUUAUGUCCUGGAAGAAGAAUCGGAUAAAUCUGCUAUAUAUUCUGAGCCACCCGAUCGGAAGACCGAGGCAAGGAAUUCUUUACAGUUGACUGCUGACAAACCUUGCAGCAAUGGUGCCUCAGUGGCAGAAAUCCUUGAUAAAUGUAUAAGCUGCAUACCUGGGUUGACCAAACGACAGCUCAGUCAGCUAGAGAACAGUGGUUUUCACACGUUACGGAAAUUGCUACAUCAUUUUCCUCGCACCUAUGCCGAUUUACAGAAUGCUGAUGUGGAAAUUGAUGAUGGACAAUACUUGAUCUUCGUUGGGGAAAUAAUGUCUUCAAGGGGAAUCCGAGCUAAUGGUUCAAUCGCAUUUCUGGAGGUUAUUGUAGCAUGUGAGGUUGGUGCAGAUGCUGAGCCAAACUCAGAGUGCAUUGCUGUUGAAGUAGAAAAGAGAAGGAAAAGAACUAUAUAUCUGCAUUUGAAGAAAUUUUUUCGUGGUACUCGUUUCACGUGCACACCUUUUCUCAGAAGAAUUCAAGAAAACCACAGGGAGGGUGAUAUUGUGUGUAUCAGUGGCAAGGUGCGUACCAUGAGUAGCAAAGAUCACUUUGAAAUGAGGGAGUACAAUAUCGAUGUGGUGACUGAGGAAGGCAAUUCAUGUAUUUUUGCAAAAGGGAGGCCUUAUCCAAUAUAUCCUUCAAAAAAGGGUCUCAACCCUGAAUUGGUCAGGGAUUUCAUUUCAAGAGCUUUAAAGACGCUGCCAGUUGAUUUUGAUCCUCUUCCUAAUUAUAUUACUCAGGAAUUUCAACUGCUCUCCCUGUAUGAUGCAUAUAUUGGAAUUCAUCAGCCAACUAAUUUGAACACGGCUGAUUUAGCUCGCAGAAGGUUUAUAUUUGAUGAAUUCUUUUAUCUUCAGUUGGGGAAGUUAUUCCAAAUGCUCGAGAGUCUUGGCACAAAGCUAGAAAAAGAUGGAUUGCUUGAGCGGUACACAAAGCCUGAUUUGAACACUACAUUUGUUGAAGAAUGGUCCAGUAUCACGCAAAAAUUCAUGAACGUUCUUCCAUAUACACUUACAUCUAGUCAGCUACGCGCCACUGCAGAAAUCAUAUGGGAUCUAAAACGACCAGUUCCAAUGAAUAGACUAUUACAGGGUGAUGUUGGAUGUGGGAAGACUGUGGUAGCGUUCUUAGCAUGCAUGGAAGUAAUUGGCUCGGGGUACCAGGCAGCUUUUAUGGUUCCAACGGAACUGCUAGCUAUACAGCAUUACGAGCACCUUCUUGGCUUGCUUGAGAAAAUAGAAGAGGGCAAGGAAAAACCUUCUGUUGCUCUGUUGACAGGCUCAACCCCAAACAAGCAAGCACAAUGUGUUCGAAAGGGUCUGCAAAAUGGUGAUAUCUCUAUAGUAAUUGGAACUCAUUCUUUAAUAGCUGAAAAGGUGGAAUUUUCAGCUUUGCGUAUUGCGAUUGUUGAUGAGCAACAUCGUUUUGGUGUUGUUCAAAGAGGGCGCUUCAACAGCAAGUUAUACUUUAACAGCUUAGCUUCACAACUAAAAUCGACUAGUUCAAAUGACUCCGUGGAAAAUGAUGUUGUCAUGGCUCCACAUGUUCUGGCAAUGUCAGCCACACCAAUUCCGAGGUCGCUUGCUUUGGCGUUGUAUGGAGACAUGUCCCUAACACAAAUUACCGAUUUACCUCCUGGAAGAACACCUGUUAAGACAUACGUUAUUGAAGGAGAUGAAGUCGGUUUUGAGAGGGCUUAUCAGAUGAUGUUUGAGGAAUUAGAGGGAGAAGGCAAAAUAUAUAUUGUCUAUCCCGUGAUUCAGCAGUCCGAGCAACUCCCUCAACUCCGUGCCGCUGCAGCUGAUUUCGAAUACAUUUCCAAUAAAUUUUCUAAUUACAAAUGUGGAUUGCUCCAUGGGAGAAUGAAAAGUGACGAAAAGGAUGAAGCACUGAGGGCGUUCAGAUCCGGAGAAACGAAUAUACUUCUCUCCACACAAGUGAUUGAGAUUGGAGUGGAUGUACCGGAUGCAUCGAUGAUGGUUGUUAUGAAUUCCGAGAGAUUUGGAAUUGCGCAGCUGCAUCAGCUCCGAGGCAGAGUUGGGCGUGGAGAGAGAAAAUCAAAGUGUAUAUUAUUAGCAUCUACAACCACUAGCCUUAAACGACUGAAAGUGCUUGAGAAAUCGUCCGAUGGAUUCUACCUUGCGAAUAUGGACCUUCUACUUCGCGGGCCUGGUGACUUGCUUGGCAAGAAACAGUCAGGUCACUUGCCUGAGUUUCCUGUUGCUAGGUUAGAGAUUGAUGGGAAUAUUCUUCAAGAAGCUCAUCUUGCUGCUUUGAAAGUGUUGGAAAGUUCACAUGACCUGGAGAAAUAUCCGGACAUGAAAGCAGAGCUCAGCAUGCGACAACCUCUUUGCCCUCUCGGAGACUAAACCACAGCAUGCAUUGCAAUUCGCACAUGUGUAUAUUUUGUAUGUAAUUCAAUGAACAGCGAAAAGCUCUUGUUAUUAUCACCUGUUGUAGCAGCAGCUUCUUUUGUGUAUAUAACAGCAUACUUCUUUAGUGUUCUGAUCGUCCUUUCCAGCUCGUCC